AUGGACGAGUCCGCUGACGGCUUGCAGCAAAAUACAUCCUCCCUCAUAACCAACAGCAUCACCCCUUGGGGUGUUCCUCAGGAGCACCUAGACGUCGUCAAGAAACUGGGACCGGCCUACUUCCGACACUUUCCCACCCACCACUUUUUCGUCAGAGUAAAAGCGACCUUCCUGUCAUCCAUCGAAUGGUGCACUAUCCCUUGGGAACAGCACCCCAAGACUCUCUUCGACAGACUUUUCGAUAUCAUUACCGUUUUACCUGGUAUAUUCGCUCGGGUCGACCGAACGACACCCUUUGCUGCCACUCUGCAGCGCCGAUUGAAGGCCCAGGAGUUGCUGGAGAACUGCUUGCAGCUGGAGAGGAGGCUCGAGGAGUGGGACUUUUUUGCUCGCGCUCCCACGGCCGAGCACCCAUAUGCAUACUGGAUAGAAGAGCCAGAUGAUCCAGACACACAGCAGAUCCCAUUUGCCGAUAGCUUUGCCUUCAAGGACGGCGUCUCGUCGGUGAUGUUCCUGUACCACUGGAUGACGUUGCUGCUACUUCAUCGAUGCAUCGAGAGCCUGCACCAUGCCAUCUUUCAACCCGUCAUCGAAGACUUUCCCAACAUGUACCCCGACCUGCCGUCCCAUCUGCAGAUCAACCUGGCCAGAUACCAACAACGGCGGGAGUUUGCCUCGAGAAUAUGCAGGGCCCUGGACUUUGCGCUGUCGACGACUGUUCAGCCAGACCUGCUGGCCGCACCCCUCGCUGUGGCUUUGGAAUACUACCGGGAAAUCAACGCGUCUUCGAGGGACGGCGAGCUAGAAAUCAUGUGGUGCGAGAACUUCAAGUUGCGGUUGAGAUCAAAGGGCCAAGACAUCGCCGACGUUCUCCAGAGUAGAUCGUGGGCUGACAUUGGAAAGUUUUGA